AGGUGCUGGCUUCCCAGGAGAAGAGGGAUCAAGGGGGAAAGGAGGAGAAGAUUCCAAGACUUAGGUAACGUCAUUUCUGGGGAAACCCUUGACUGGAGACUGAGAUUUUUGAACAGAAAUUUAGAGCUGAUCCAGAAGAGCUAAAGACAGAGCAUCCAAGUUUGCAGCUAUUUCCCAAAAUCAGAAGAUGAUCCAAGCCCAGGAAUCCCUGACAUUUGAUGAUGUGGCUGUGGACUUCACCUGGGAGGAGUGGCAGCUCUUGGCCCCCGCUCAGAAGGACUUGUACCGGGACAUGAUGUUGGAAAAUUAUAGGAACCUGGUAUCAGUGGGGUAUCAAGCCAGCAAACCAGAUGCACUCUCCAAGUUGGAACGAGGAGAACUUUGGAUGAUAGAAGAUGAAAUCCACAGCCGAAUCUGCCCAGAAAUCAGGAAAGUUGAUGAUCCUCUGCAGUGUCACUUGCAAAAUGGAAGCACUCAGAAGAGUGUGGAACAAUGCUGUGAACAUAAUACAUUUGCAAAUAUUCUUAAUCAGAGUGAAAGUCAUUUCCUGUUAAAGCAAAAUUAUGAUAUGUUUGACUUACUUGAAAAACCUUUAAAAUCAAAUUUAAGUUUUAAAAGCCAGAGUAUAAACUGUAACUUAAAGAACUCUACUGAGUUUAAUGAAGAUGGAAAAUCCCUUCUGCAUACUAACCAUGAACAAUUUUAUAGUGUAAUAAAAUUUCCUGUAGAUGUAAAACCCACCAACAAUAAUUCCCAGGUCAUUAAGCAGCAGAGAACUCCGAACAUGCGGAAAGCCCAUGUAUGCUGUGAAUGUAGGAAAGUCUUUGUCAAGGUGUCUCAGCUCAUUGAUCAUCAGAGAGUUCAUACUAGAGAGAAACCUCACGGAUGCAGUCUGUGUGGGAAGGCAUUCUCUAGAAAAUCCAGGCUAACGGAACAUCAGAGAAUUCAUACAGGACUGAAACACUACGAAUGUACUGAAUGUGACAAAACAUUCCUCAAGAAAUCACAGUUCAAUAUACACCAGAAAAUGCAUAUGGGACAGAAGCCUUAUACAUGUAAUGAAUGUGGGAAAGCGUUCAUCAAGAAGUGUCGGCUUAUUUAUCAUCAGCGAACUCAUACAGGAGAGAAGCCCCAUGGAUGCAGUCUAUGUGAGAAAGCCUUCUCUACAAAGUUUAGUCUCACUACACAUCAGAAAACUCAUACAGGAGAGAAACCUUAUAUAUGCAGUGAAUGUGGAAAAGGCUUCAUUGAGAAGAGGCGUCUUGUUGCACAUCAUCGAACUCAUACUGGUGAGAAACCUUUUAUAUGCAAUGAAUGUGGGAAAGGUUUCACCUUGAAGAACAGUCUUAUCACACAUCAGCAAACUCAUACAGAACAGAAAUUAUAUACAUGCAGUGAAUGUGGAAAAGGCUUUUCAAUGAAGCACUGUCUCAUCGUACAUCAGCGAACUCAUACAGGAGAGAAACCCUACACAUGCAAUGAGUGUGGAAAAGGCUUCACCUUGAAGAGUCCUCUUAUCAGGCAUCAGCGAACACACACAGGAGAGAAACCCUAUGUAUGUAGUGUAUGUGGAAAAGGCUUUACCAUGAAGAGUGAUCUCAUUGUACAUCAGCGAACUCAUACUGCAGAGAAGCCAUAUAUAUGCAACGAUUGCGGGAAAGGCUUCACUGUGAAGAGCCGUCUGAUUGUACAUCAACGCACUCAUACAGGAGAGAAACCUUAUGUAUGCAGUGAAUGUGGAAAAGGCUUUCCAGCAAAGAUACGGCUGAUUGGACAUCAACGAACUCAUACAGGAGAGAAGCCCUAUAUAUGCAAUGAAUGUGGAAAAGGCUUCACAGAGAAGAGUCAUCUCAAUGUACAUAGGCGCACUCAUACAGGAGAGAAACCGUAUAUAUGUAACGAAUGUGGCAAAGGCUUAACUGGAAAGAGCAUGCUGAUUGCACAUUUGCGAACUCAUACUGGGGAGAAACCGUAUAUAUGCAAUGAAUGUGGAAAAGGCUUCACCAUGAAGAGUACUCUAGGUAUACAUCAGCAAACUCAUUCUGGGGAGAAACCAUACAAAUGCAAUGAAUGUGAUAAAGCCUUCAGGAAGAAGACCUGCCUCAUACAACAUCAGAGAUUUCACACAGGAAAAACUUCCUUUGCAUGUACUGAAUGUGGAAAAUUUUCUUUGCGUAAAAAUGAUCUCAUUACCCAUCAGAGAAUUCACACAGGAGAGAAACCAUAUGAAUGCAGUGAAUGUGGGAAAGCCUUCACUACAAAGUCAGGCCUUAAUGUUCAUCAAAGAAAACAUACAGGAGAGAGGCCCUAUGGAUGCAGUGAUUGUGGGAAAACUUUUGCCCACUUGUCAAUCCUUGUUAAACAUAAGAGAAUUCACAGAUAGUCACUUUGGGAUAACCUGUUGCCAGUGAUAAGCCCUCAAGAUAAUAGUAUGUAAUGAAGAAUAACAAUGCAAAGAAUAGUAUUAUCUUUAGUGGUCAAUUGUGUCAUAUUUUAUGUUGAUGAAAAAAUUUACAAAACAACUCACAUACAAUCAGCCUUGAUGAAAAUAUUUUAGGACAUUAUACAUCUAAAAAGUGUAGACUGAAAUAGAUUCUAUGAAUGUGACAGACUAGGAAAGCCGUCAGUGGGAAGUAGAUGCUAUCAUGUGAUCAUCACAGAUAAUGAAUGAAUAUUUCUAAUUGGUAGAACUAUAACUGUGGGAAAACCUUUGCCCAGAAGUAAGACCUCAAUAGAUGUCAGUUCACACUAGACAAGUACUUUCCUGUGGCAAUAAAUAU